CCCAGAACCCCGGGUCAUCCUCAGCCGCAAGCCACGCCGUUAAUAUAUUGAUUGUCUCGAACAACAAACACCCGCUCAGCAAUCAUCGCUCAGGGCUCAAUCUCCGGUCAGCACGACCGCACCUGACGAAUGUGAUGAUCGGCACUGCCAACUCGCACCUCCAGCUCCGCACUCCCCACCAAGCCCCCUCAAUCUCAUCGUGGCCCAAUCCAGGCGUCCAAACAGUGCACUGCAACGCCCGUCAAAACCUUGCGAGUCUAGGCCCGCCAACUCUCUCCAGUUCUUCCCGGAGAUUCUCCGCCGCUCUAACCUUGUUUGGAAAACUCUCUUUGAUCGUCCAUCCGCUGCGGUAUAUGAUUGGUGGUGUGGAGGUCUUUUGGCACCGGCGCAGGUCCCGCUGGAUGGCAGACGCUGCGGACUUCCGGCUAGCGUGUGCUGAUCGUCGACGAUGAGUUACCGUGAACUAUUAACUAGGACGGAGUCGGCUCCAGCUGCCGUGUCGUGUCGCGGGCGCAACCGUACUGUUCUGAUGGUCUUGCAGUGUCUCUGCGAUGAACGAUUUGAAGACACCCUUGGCGAGACGCCGAGAUGUGCGGGUGCGCGCCGCUAGCAUUCUUGUCCCUAUUCAGCUGCGAUGCUGAAUGAGGGGCUGGAGCGUGUUCGGGAAUAGUGGUGGAAAUAGGCGACCAAGAGAGAAUGCAUGGCCAAGCGCGGUGGGUGGGUUAGUUGGUUGGCGCAUUGUAGCAUGUGGUGGUGGUGGUGGUGGUGGUGGAGGGGGAGGGGGAGGGGGAGGGGUAUAUAGGGUCGCUCGUUCCCCAUGCAUCUGGUUUGGUGUACCAAUUCAACAGUCCAAAGUCAAUUCCCCACAGGUCUCUGUAUCGCAAUCCGGAAUCAUGGCUUCCCAGUCUGAGUCGUGGGAUUUUAUCGUCGUCGGCAGCGGCCCCGCGGGCUCCGCCCUGGCACACACCCUCUCGCAAGCCCCCUCUGCCCCACGCAUCCUCCUCCUCGAGGCCGGCAUCAAGCGCGACGAGAUGAACCUGCGCGUCGACGGGCAGCGCUGGGUAACAUUCCAAGAGCCCUCGCUCAACUACGGGUACAAGACAAUCCCGCAGAAACACUGCAACGGGCGCGAGAUCGACUACAGCCGCGGCAAAGUGCUCGGUGGGUCCAGCGCAAUCAACUUUGGCUGCUACACCGUCGGCGCGCGCGACGACUACGAUACCUGGGCGGAGCUCGUUGGCGACGAGACGUUUUCGUGGAAGGAGGUUCAGCAACGGUUCAAGGCCCUUGAGGAUUUCGACACGACGAUUGUCGAUGAGAAACUGCGGCAUUUUGCCGACGUCGACCCCGCGAACCAUGGACGGCAGGGGAAGCUGAAGUUGGGGUUUGCGAGAGAGUGGGAGGAGGAUUUGCCGCUGGUCAUGGAGGCGUUUAAGAGUGCGGGCGUCAAGUGGAAUGGGGACCACAAUUCGGGAGAUCCGAUUGGUAUCUCCCUGUCGAUCAAUUCAGUGUACAAGGGGGUGCGAAGUACGGCGGCGGAUUUGCUCGAGGGGGCGCCUACCAACUUGGAGAUUCGCACGGCGAGUCCGGUGCGCAGGGUCGUCUUCGAGGGGAAGAAGGCUGUCGGUGUCGAGGUUGAUGGGGCGGUUUACCGCGCCAACAAGGAAAUCAUCCUCUCAACCGGCUCCCUCGACACGCCCCGCAUUCUCAUGCACUCCGGCCUCGGCCCAGCAUCCCACCUCGCCGAAUUCAACCUCCCCGUGCUCGUCGACCUCCCCGCAAUCGGCCAGGGGCUCCGCGACCACCCCUUCUCCCCAAUAACCUUCCUCCGCGACCCCAAAACAAACACGCGAAACGCCUUCUUCGGCUCGCAGGAGGCCAUGGACGCCGCACUGGCGCAGUGGGAAAAGGACAACAGCGGGCCCUGGACGCGGCACGGCUCGCAGCUGAUGAUGGGAUUCCUCAAGAGCGAGGCCACGGCCGCGUCAAACGAGUACAAGGCCCUUCCGGAGGACGUAAAGCGGUUCCUGAGCAAGCCGACCAUCCCGCACUAUGAGCUUCUCGCGGGGUGUCCGCUGCAUAUGCUUGCGCCCGGGAUGACGACCGAUUACAGUUACGUGACCAUCCUCGUCUUCCUCAUGAACGCGCAGAGCUACGGCCAGGUUCGGCUGCAGUCGUCUGACCCCGACGUCCCCUUGCUGUUCGACCCGAACCUGCUUGCGCACGAGUACGAUCGCCGCGUUGUGAUUGAAGCCCUGCGCGCGGCGCUGGCUGUUACAAAGCACGAGGCCUUUGCCAAGGAUACGCUCUCGACGCUCAUGGGGCCUGCGUCGGAGAGUGAUGAGGAUCUGCUCGAGUGGUUUAAGAAUACGUGUGUGACGGCGUGGCAUAUGACGGGGACGGUGAAGAUGGGUAAGGUCGGUGACACGGAUGCGGCGGUUGAUACGGGGUUCCGCGUCUUUGGGGUGGAGGGGCUGAGGGUGGCGGAUAUGAGUGUUGUGCCCGUCUUGACGAAUAACCAUACCCAGGCCACGGCUUAUGUGGUUGGGGCUACGGCUGCCGAGGUGCUCAUCAAGGAGUAUGGGCUCUAGUCGCUCUGUUGCAAACGAUGAAUGAUGUUAUGUAGGUUUUAUUAUGGUUGUAUCAUUGCUCUUUACGUACCACAUGAUUCAGCUCCUAUACAACCUCAAACUCGACAGUCCCCC